UGUGGACAAAAAGCGUUAGGAUUAGUCAUGACUGAUUUUUUAACGUGAUGCACAUUUUACACGUGAUUUAUAUAAAACUUAUUGUAGAAAUGGGCUUUGAAUUUUAGUUUAGUUUACACUUAUUGAUUAAAAAGAUGUCUCAAAUAUACUACAAAUUCAAAAGCGCUAAAGAUUACGAUAAUAUAACUUUUGAUGGUCUUGGAAUCUCUGUUUUCGAUGCAAAAAAAGAAAUCUUGGUCGCAAAAAGAUUAAAGGGAAAUGACUUUGAUAUUGUAGUUUCCCAUGCCGAAUCUGGAGAAGAUUACCAAGAAGAUACUGCAUUAAUACCAAGAAAUACACCUAUAGUGGUUCGACGAGUGCCUACUAAACCAGGGAAAGGGACUGCACAUCGUUAUUUGGAGGGUGCGCCAACAGCACCACGUAAUGUAACAACUGGAAAUCGAGUUAAUUAUGGAAAUGUUAACGGAUCUAUGUCAAAAACUUUUGACUCGUCUAAGCAACAUCAAACACAAACCUCCCGACCUUCGCCUGUUCCAACUACAAAUCAAACCUCAGGCGAAGAACAGACAGAAGAAGACAGAAGAAUUGCAGCCAUGUUUGCACAAUCAUCAGAGUUUUGGGAAAAAACUCAGGAACAGAUGGCUUCGAAACCAGCGCUUCGAAGGCCAAAUCAACCUCGCCCUCAAGUAAAGCAACAAAUUCAAAAAGCGCUUCCGCCAAAUUAUGUAUGUUAUAGAUGUGGACAGAAAGGACAUUGGAUUCAAGCAUGUCCGACAAAUGGUGAUAGAUCGUUCGAUCAUAUGAAGGUCAGAAAGACGACGGGAAUACCUAGAAGUUUCCUGCAAAAAGUCGAACAAGUUCCUCCUGGAAAAGGAGUACUUGUUACACAAGAUGGAAAUUUAGUUAUUGCACAAGCGAAUGAUGCUGCAUGGCAAAAAUUUCAUGCCCGUCAAAAAUCAUAUGUGACUACAAAUGAAGUGCUUGAAGAUACCUUUCCUGUACCUCAUGAACUCCAAUGCAUGAUAUGUGCUCGACUUCUUAGAGAAGCUGUUAUAACGCCGUGUUGUCAGGCUUCAUUUUGUGAUGAAUGUAUUCGAACCGCAUUAAUCAAUCCCGAACAAGAAGAUCAGCAGUUCAAGUGUCCACAUUGUCGAUCUCCUUUAUUACCUGAUGACUUACUACCCGACAAAGCAACUAGAGAAGCUGUGGAUAAUCAUUUAAGAGAUUGGGCAAGACGCAGAAAUGAACAAAUUGUACCUGAGGGUAAUGGCGAAGAUGAUGCUGCUGAUAAUAAUAUUAAUAUUAAUAAUAAUAAUAAUAGUAAUAAUGAUAAUGAUAAUGUGGUUGAAGAGAGUACAAUAGAAAUGCCUAUUUCGACCGAUUCAAUAGAAAAAGAACAGCGAUCAACAGAUUUAGUAAUUAAUGAACAACCAUUACCUGUCGUAAAAAUUGAGGAUAAGGACAAAGAAUUUGAAUCUGCAGACAUACAAGAAGACAUAACUGAAGAUGGUGCACAACAAACAACUGCUACUGCUACUAGUGCACAACCUCCAAAAGUAAAAGCUGAGCCAGUACGACUUUUAUUUUACUUUUUAUAGUUUGUUUUUUAAAAAAUUUGAGUCAAUUCUUUAAAAUUUUUUUAUAGAGUGCUAAAGUGGAAUUGCCAAAAAAACCAACUCAUGAUCUUCCACAAGUUCCAUCACAGCAGCAAUCAGGAUCUUCACAGCAAGCACAAGCACCUCAGCAAUCGCAACAGUCUUCUCAGUUUCAACCACA